CUCCGGUUAUUGAAGCCACAGCUCAGUCAUUUAAUUAAAAAUAAAAUUUCUGUUUCGGUGGUGUAACAUGGUGGUGAGUUCAAUGUCUCCGCUCCGCUGUAGGAAAAUGGAGAUUCUGUCUGCGCUGUUUCUGUUCAUCAUUAUUGUGAAAGUUGAUGUGACAGAAGAAGUGAAGGUACCGGGGCAGAGACGGGUCACACUGGCCGAAGAAGACGAGUCCCCCUGGGUUGACCCCAGAAAACCCCCCAGUCCUCAGCCUGGAGCCGGACCGGAGCCUGGCGAUGCUGCGUCCGGGUUCACGGUCCCAACUCUGGACGGGAAGUUCUCCUACAAGCCCGGAGCCCUGAAAGGCUCUCUGCUCCUCCACGCCUUCACCAACAAGUCCGCGUUCCUGGAGUGCCUGUGGAGCUCCGAGGCGUCCCUGACCAGUCUGGUUGAAGGUCUCCCGGACAGUUCUCAGGUUCUGGUUCUGUCCCAAGACGACUCGGCGCUCAGCGAUGUUCUGUGGAUGAGAGAGCAGCUGCAGCGGGUCGCGAUGCGCAGGGCUGGACAGCAGGUGAGGGUCUCCUUCCAGACGACUCCGUCUCCAAACUUCUUCUUCGGUAUUGACCAGCAGGGGGCGCUGGCUGAGACGGGCUGGUUCCUCUACCCCUCCUUCAGUUUCAUUAACUGGCAGGCCCAAUGGUUUGAAUUCUCUGCAAAUUUGCAGCUYAAACUCCAAAGUCCUGCAGAGGUUAUUUGUGUGUUUGACGAAGUCACGAUGCAGGGCGACGAGGGCGCCGUGGCCACAGUCGACCUGCCUUCAGACCUGCAGGUCUUUGACACCCUGCAGCUGGACGCGUCUCUGUCGUGUCCCGGCAGGAGGGACUCGUCCUGCGCCCACUGGGACCACACGGUUCAGCUGUUCGUUUGYUGCGAUCAGCAGAGCCCCUACUGCAACACGGAGCUGGGCCGGUGGAUCACCGCCUUCCGCAGAUGCUGGCGUGGAGAAGCCCCGCCCCUUCAGAGUCAUGUCUCUGUACGGCGGGGGAAUCUUCGACAACAACUACAACAAGCGGUUCAACACGGUGAAAUUUUCCGUCCCGCCAUCGACCCAGAAGGUGGAGCUGUACGCCGUCAUCACGGGACACGGCAGCGAUGAGAACGGCUGUGGAGAGUUCUGCGUCACCUCGCACCACUUCCUGAUCAACGGAUUUUAUAACAACUCUCAGAUAUUUGACUCUGCAGGAUCGGCUCUGGGCUGCACGCUGCGGGUCAGAGACGGCGCGGUGCCAAACGAACACGGAACGUGGCUGUACGGGCGAGGGGGCUGGUGCGACGGUCUGCAGGUCGACCCCUGGAGGGUGGACGUCACCAAACAGCUGAUCGUGAGCGAAGUGAAGUCCAACUCUGUCCUCUACUUCGGCCUGUUCAACGGGAUGGAUCCUAAUCCGUCUCGGCAGCCUGGAUACAUCAUCAUGUCUUCUUUUCUCAUCUUCUACAAGUGAUGCUGCUCUAAACGAAUCACCACUGACAGAAUGAAUGUAACAGAACAGAUAUGAUUUAAUUUCCACUUUACUGCCUCUGGUUUUACUUUUUACUGCUUUAUAUUCUCAGGCUCUCCAUAAGACCUUUUGUUUUCUUCUCCAGCUGGAUUGUUUUGUUUCUGAGAGCCUCUCUUCUUUAAUUACAUGUAAUCAGGUCCAAUUAGAAACUGGGAUGUUUUUCUGUGAGUCAUCCUGCUGAUGGGAGGUGAAACCGUGCCGCUGCAGCUGAGCUCAUUGUUAUGCAAACUUGUUUUUUAUUUUACUUUUUAGAGUGUGAGCCAAGGUUCUGUUUGUUGGAUCAUUGUUUAUUCCAAACGCAGCUCUUUACCGUUUAGGAAAAAAAUGAAUUAUUUCACAUUUUGAAAGAUUAUCAUGGUCCAAAAUGAUUUCUAGUUGAAGCCCAGUUGAUAUGAAACUCAGUGACUUUGUCCAAAUGGAGCGUCUGAACAGAAAAAUAAAUCUGGAGAAUUACAGGUGAAUUUUCAGUGUUUUUUAUUCAACGUUUAUAAACCUGACGAUGAUCAAUAAAAAUUAAUUUUU